GCGGCGCAGGGAAAGAUGGCGGCGGCCGAGGAGGCCGGAGGUGACGGUGAGCAGUGGCGAUUGUGGCUGCCCCAGCACGUUGUGUUCGUGCGGCUACGCGAGGGCCUGCGGGCCCUGAGCCCUCCUGCGCCGGGCACCGAGCAGCCAAGCCCGCCCAGCCUCACCCGGAACCUUCUCUUCGGGCUCGGCGCCGAGCUCUUCCUGUGGGACGGGGCGGCCGGCGCUUUCUUGGCAGUGCGCCUGCGCGGCCCAGGCCCCGCCCCUGGCGACGGGAGCGGGGGUGGUGGGAGCGAAAGCGACUGUGGAGACGGAGGUGGCGAAGGCCCCACCCUAAGCCGCUAUCAGAGAUUGCUUUGUAUAAAUCCUCCCCUGUUCGAAGUCUACCAAGUCCUGUUGAGCCCGACUCACCAUCAUGUGGCACUCAUUGGCACCAGGGGACUCACUGUCUUAGAGCUUCCAAAACGAUGGGGGAAGAAUUCUGAAUUUGAAGGCGGGAAAUCAACAGUGAACUGUAGCACAACCCCUAUUGCCGAGAGGUUCUUCAACAGCUCCCCCUCCCUGAGCCUGAAGCACGCUGCCUGGUACCCGAGUGAAGUGCUCGACCCCCACGUGGUAAUGCUGACAUCAGACAACGUGAUACGGAUCUAUUGUCUUCGGGAGCCCCAGAUCCCAGUGAAGGUGAUCCCCCUUUCUGAUGCCGAGGAGGAAAGCUUGAUCCUCAACAAAGGGAGGGCGUACACAGCAUCCCUUGGAGAGACGGCCGUCGCGUUUGACUUUGGGCCUCUGACAACAGUGCCCAAAAACAUCUUUGGGCAGCGAGGCCAAGAAGAGGUGCUGGCCUACCCCCUGUACAUCCUGUAUGAGAAUGGGGAGACCUUCCUUACGUAUGUGAGUCUGAUGCAAAGUGUUGGAAGCCUGGGAAAGCUCUUGGGGCCCUUGCCCAUGCACCCAGCCGCCGAGGACAACUAUGGUUAUGACGCCUGCGCCGUCCUCUGCCUGCCCUGCGUGCCCAACAUCCUCGUCAUUGCCACCGAGUCAGGGAUGCUGUACCACUGUGUGGUGCUGGAAGGGGAGGAGGAGGAAGAGCAGCACUCGGAGAAGUCGUGGGAUUCUCGGGCUGACCUCAUCCCUUCUCUCUACGUGUUCGAGUGUGUGGAGCUGGAGCUCGCUCUCAGACUGGCCUCCGGAGAAGAGGACGAUGACCCCUUCGAGUCAGAUUUCUCUUGUCCCAUUAAGCUGCACCAAGAUCCCAAAUGUCCCUCCCGAUACCAUUGCACCCACGAGGCUGGUGUCCAUAGUGUGGGGCUGACGUGGAUCCACAAACUUCACAGAUUUCUUGGGUCAGAUGAGGAAGAUAAAGACAGUUUGCAAGAACUCGCCGCUGAACAGAAAUGCUUCGUAGAGCACAUCCUCUGUACGAAGCCCCUGCCCUGCAGGCGGCCGGCUCCCAUCCGAGGGUUCUGGAUCGUGUCUGAUGUUUUGGGGCCCACGAUGGUAUGUGUCACCAACACUUACGAGUGCCUCACCAGGCCUCUGCUAAGCACAGUCCACCCCACUUCUCCUCCUCUGCUGUGUGCCCGUGAGGACGUCGGCAUGGCACAGUCUCCCCUGCGUAUCCUGGCAGAAACCCAGGACUCCUUUGAGAAACACAUCCGGAGUACCCUGCAGCGCAGCACGGCCAAUCCUGUGUUUCUGAAAUCCUCCGACAAGGACGUGGCACCCGCCCCUGAAGAAUGCCUCCAGCUGCUCAGCCGGGCCACGCAGGUGUUCCGAGACGAGUACAUUCUGAAGCAGGACCUGGCCAAAGAGGAGAUCCAGCGGAGGGUGAAGUUGUUAUGUGGCCAGAAGAAGAAGCAGCUUGAAGACCUCAACUACUGCCGAGAAGAGAGGAAGAGCCUCCGGGAGAUGGCUGAGCGCUUGGCGGACAAGUACGAGGAGGCCAGGGAGCGCCAGGAAGAUCUCAUGAACAGGAUGAAGCAGCUGCUGCGCCGCUUCCACUCGCAGCUGCCCGUCCUCUCUGACAGCGAGCGGGAGAUGAAGAAGGAGCUACAGCAGAUCCCAGACCAGCUGCGGCACCUGGGCAACGCCAUCAGGCAGGUCACGAUGAAGAAGGACUACCAGCAGAGAAAGAUGGAGAAGGGGACGAGUCCUCAGAAGCCCACAAUUACGCUCAGUGCCUACCAGCGCAAAUGCAUCCGGACCGUUCUGAAGGAAGAGGGUGAGCACAUCCGGGAGAUGGUGAAGCAAAUCAACGACAUCCGGAAUCACGUGAACUUCUGACCCUGACCUCCAAGGCCAAGGCCGAAGCUAGGAGCCGACCCAGGGAGGACCUCUGGGAGCGGGCAUUUGUCUGGUUUCUGCCCUCUUGAUUUCAUAAAGGACAAAUACCAAAUAAAUACUUUUUAUAAGGAA